AUGGACCAAGCUUAUCCACAGCCCUGGAAGGACAGUGUCGCCUUGGUUGAAGGAGCUCAAGGAGUGAACGUCCAGAAGCAUAGUGCAUGCCAAGUGAAAUGUGUCUGUGUUGGUUCCAUCAAUGUCUCUCAUGCUCACCAUGUUGAUGUUUUGCAGAACGCCGUGAUGUGGCUGUUCAUCACUGUUGCUUAUUUAACGUGCAUCAGUGAAAAGUCAGAUGCAAGCCCCGAGGUGUCCAUGGAUGUUGGUGAAAUUGUCCGCUACCACGGGUACCCCUAUGAGGAGCAUGAAGUGGUGACAGAUGAUGGCUAUUACCUGACCAUUCAGAGGAUUCCUCAUGGCAGAGACAACCCAGGAAGCAUGAGUACCUCCCACGAAGCAGAGGCACAGGGCUCCAGCCUGUUCUGCCCCCCUCCAAAACCCGCAGUACUCCUGCAGCAUGGCCUGGUGUUGGAGGGAAGCAACUGGGUUACCAACUUGCCCAAUGGCAGCCUGGGCUUCAUCCUUGCUGAUGCUGGCUAUGACGUCUGGAUCGGAAACAGUCGGGGUAAUAGCUGGUCACGAAAGCACAGAGAUUUUGAGUUUCACCACCAGGAAUACUCAGCUUACAGCUUUCAUGAGAUGGCCAUGUAUGACCUUCCAGCAACGAUCAACUAUAUUCUGCAGAAAACUGGACAGGAGCAGUUAUACUACGUGGCUUACUCUCAAGGCACCACCACAGGUUUCAUUGCAUUUUCAUCCAUUCCCGAGUUGGAUCGCAAAAUCAAAAUGUUUUUUGCCUUGGCUCCCAUUACGACAAACUCAAAUAUGAAGUCACCCUUGGUAAGGGUGUUUGACCUUCCCGAGAAGCUGGUUAAGCUCAUUUUAGGACACACGGUGGUCUUCGAUAAGGGCGAGGUCUUGAAGCAAGUGAUAUCCGGUCUGUGCAGCUACCCCAUUUUUAAAAGCUUUUGCUCCUUGGUCCUUUAUUUGCCUGGUGGGUUUACCAGCAGCUUAAAUGUGAGCCGCAUAGAUGUCUACCUGUCCCGCUACCCUGAUUCAACAUCACUAAAAAACAUGUUACAUUGGCGCCAGAUCUAUCAAACGGGGGAAUUCAAAUAUUAUGAUUAUGGUAGUGACAACAUGCUUCAUUACAACCAGACCACACCUCCCUUCUAUGAGCUGGAAAAUAUGAAAGCCCCACUUGCUGCAUGGUAUGGUGGCAAGGACUGGAUUUCAGCCCCUGAAGAUGUAAACAUCACGCUGCCUCGUAUAACCAAUCUGAUGUACAAAAAGUACAUUCCUGAAUUUGUCCACUUUGAUUUCCUUUGGGGUAUGCAAGCAUAUGAACAAGUGUACAAAGAAAUGCUUGAACUGAUGGAGAGGAGCACCUAGAGUCAUGUCAGAGCUUCUUUUAUUUGGGGAGGGAAAAUAAAAAAAAAAGUAAAGAAAAAAAGACGGAGAAAAAAGACUCAUUAAACUGCUACGCUUGAUUUGGAUCAAUAUUACUCUCACAAGUGAGGAAAACAAGCCAAUCCAAUGUUUGGGAAAGCACAUAGGAUUUAGGUU